AUGUCGGGAGUGUCGCUCGCCGUGUACUCGACCCCAGAGGCGUUUUCGUUGACCGAGCUCGACCUGCUGCAGAUGGACAGACCCCACGACGUGAGCGACGGCGAUGUCCUGGCGGCAGCACUGGAUACCUCUCCCAUUGACGCAUUGCAUGCCCAACAAUCGACCGGUCAGCCUUCCGUGAAUGCAUUCACUCCACUGCGUUCGUCACGUACGAAAAACCCGAGCCGCGAGCCGCGCAACCAAGCCACUACGACGUACCUCCAAGCCAUCCAAGCCGGCAAAGACAUGAGCACGGAGUGGGAGAAAGGUCUGUCGUUUCUCAACGCCACGUCGCCGUACGGGUACCAUACCCACGCCCAAGUGCUGAACCCUGGCCACGAAGCAAACGGCCUCGUCAUCGUCCUGGGCGACUCGCACGCCGACAUGAUCAAGCCUCGGUUCGUAAAGUUGUUUGAGGAUGCGACGGCAGCCCACCAACCGUUCCCAACGAUGGUCUUCAAGACAGAAUUCGGUCGAGCGCCGCUGUCGUGCCAGGCUGCGACGAACACUGACUUUGCCAUGGUCAAGGCGAUGAAGCCCCAAGUUGUGUUUUACAGCUUCCACUGGCUGCAGUACCUCCGCCCGGAGGCCCCCGUUGGGACAAAGGACACGGCCGAUCCCCGGUGCUGCAAGACCCUCUACGAUUCAUGUCCGUUCCAGACCCAAGCGGAUGCGGACGAGUUGCUCCAACGGUGGCAAGCUCAAGUCCAGGAGCUUGUCGCGCUCGGAAUUCGAGUGUUUGUCGCCCAGCAGUACGUGGAAAACUCCAAGUACUAUUACGUGUACUGGAUCGAAGGCGACAAAGUCAAGGCCGUGCCGCCGCCCGUGCUCCGCCACGAGUUUGAAUCGACGCACGACCACUUGCUCACGGCCAUCGCAAACGCCACCCACGAAGCGAACGCGACGCUGCUCAACUAUUCGGACAAUCUGUGCUGGGACGGAGAGUGCCAGGUCGUGAAUGGUCAUGGCGAACCGGUUUACGCCGAUGACAACCACAUUCGCGCGUACAUAGCGCGAAAUUACAUUAGCGUGGUCGACCACGUCGUCACUGCGGCUCGCAUGCCGGCCACGUAGCUUCGUCCUACGUUUGCGCCGGCGCG